AUGUCUAAAACUGGGAAAAUUUUGAUUGCUCUACUUGUCGCGAUUUAUAUCAUCGCUUCAGUUUCGGCAAAACCCUUCAAUACUGAUGAUUUACAAACUACCGAUUACGAGUCCGAAUCCGCAAUUAAUUAUGAUAGCGAUGUAUCCACUAGUGAUGCAGCUAAAAAACCUAUCUUUAAAUGGAAUUGUAAGGUUAAGAGAUACAAAGAAGGUGAACCUGAAGAAAAAGUAGAUCAACAAUUAAGGGAACUGAGGGAUAAUUUAGAAAACUGA